GGUAACAUGUCUGCCCUCAGUGCGUUCUGCUGACCGCUUUCACUGCUUGCAAGCGACAACAACCUCCGCUGCCGCCUGCACUCGCAUUCGCAUUCGCAUCUACGCAUUCCAAUGACAAUGUGUUGGGCGGCACGUUCUGGCACGCUGCAGACUGCGGGCGGCACGACGUGUUGCUUGUGGUCGGGGCUUACAGCCGCCUCUCCUCAGCAGCACCUGGGACCUGUAUUCUACCUGUGCCACGUGUAUUCUACCUGUGCCACGAGAGUCAGGGUUGCAUGGUACGCGACCCUCUCUCCAUAAUACGCGGGCCAGCUGGUUGCAGCGCAUGACGGCCUGAACGAACUGCGGCAGGCAUUGACACGCCCUUGGGCGGAGGGCUCCCGGUUUGGUGAAGCGUGUGCGGAAAUGUAUGUGACUGCUGUGUGGCGGCGGGUGCUGCACUGGAGCACGCGGGCGCGCCUGCCGUCGCCCCUGCCGGGGCCGGCGUCGCCUCAAGAGGCGGCCGACCGGUUUGCGGCGGCGGUGGCCCUUCUCCCCGCUGGCUGGGCUGCCGCCGCGCGUGCCGCCCAGCUGGCUCGGGGGCUUGCCGCCGCGCUGCCGCUCCCGGUGGCCGACAUCGUGAGUGGGGACCGUGCUACAAAUGGCUCCACAGUUAGCCGCCCUGAAGGCUAAGCAUUUGCAGUAUGUGUGCGAUGCGGGUGUGUCGGGGGUGGGGGCUGCCCUGGCGGCGGGGACUUUCGUGUGCACCUUGGCCCGCUUGUGGUCGCUGAAAUGGGAGAAUCAUCAUAAGGAAGCACUGUGGCGUGUGGCCGCCAACGCUUGCUGGGCGUUCCCACGGCAUGCUAGCGAGCGGGCGCGAGGCGUUGCUGUUGACCCGUGUUGGGCGUGUGGGGUUGACAUGCAGGAUGGGGACCGGCGUCACUGGUUUUGGGACUGCAAUGUGGCGCUGUCCCUGCGGGAAAACAUGGGAAUGGCUAUGGGUUUCGUGCCAGAGGAUGCUCUAAGUGCCUUCUCUCGUGAGGAGUUGUGGUUGGUGCGCCCGCCUGCGGGGCUUGCGCCACCUGUGUGGGAUGUGGUGUGUCUCGCUGCUAUGUCUGCCCUGGACUUUGGUCGGCAGCGUAUGGUUAUGGCCGGGCUGGCGGCGCGAGCGAAGCUGCCGUCGGCCCGGGUGCUGAGCAUUGGACUUGCCGUCGUAGCUGACUUCUGGGGUCGGCUCCAGACGUUUGUGACUUUGGGUAUCAGGCCGAAGGGUUGGGACACUGUGCCGUCUGCGCAUCCUUUCAUCUCUCGGGCUGUUGGUGACGGCAUGGUUUUGCGCUUGCCGUAUGACGCUGAUUCCCCGCCUCCCUCGCCGUGAGAGGUUGUGCGUGGUUGGUGGCUUUGUGUGUGGGCAGGAUGCACGCGUGGGCGACCGUUCUAGUACCUGGACGCUUGCGCCCUGGUUAGUGCGUGCGCUGUGCGUGUGUCCUGCGGCCUAGACGUUUCCCGGCACUUCUGUGCCUAGGCUUGUGACGUUGAGGCACAGCGGUGGGGCUCUGGCGGGUUGAGGCUUGGCUAGGACUCACUGUGCGCGGAGUCACACGGACUUUGCCCGCGGGAGGGUUUGCAGCAAAGUCGGGGUUGGUGGAGUCAUGUUGGGCCCUGAUAGCAUGUGAUGGCUCGGCGUCUUCGGGUGCUGGGACUGUCCCCUCUGUAACAUCCGCAUUCG